AUGCCCCGCGUAAAGCGCGAAGGGAGCGAAGAGGCGCGUGCGCCGAAGCGCGUACGGGGCAAGAACCGGACGGGCGGCGAUGUCGCGUCGCUGCUGAAGCUGCAUGGCAUCCAGGCGCGUGCGGUGGUGAAUGUCGCGUGGCCGGAGGCCGGGCGUGCGUCGCUCGUCGAGACCGACGUCGGGCCCGAGGCCGCGUUUCUGGCACGGACACCGACGCGCGACAAGCUCGUCGACGUGGCGUGGCGCCCUCCGGUGCACUGGAACGCAUGGCAGGAGACGCCGGAGCCGGUGCGGCGGCGCAUGGAGCUGCGCAAUGCGGCGCCGAUCCCGUUAUCGGUCGGGAGCGAGGCGGUGCACCUGGCGCCGUACGAGGCCGUGUCGCUGCCGGACCCCAAGAGCGACCGAAAAGUGCACUUGCUUGAUACCGGCGGGCAUAUCUACGACAUGGCGUGGGCGCCGCAGGCCGACGCAGACAACGCCGAAUGGCUCGCCAUUGCGCGUGCGCCGGACCGCACGACGCGCUCCCUGGUCGACGCGCCGCUGCUGGGCGGCGACAUCCAGAUCUGGAAGUUUCCGCUGCACCAGUCGACGCCGACGCUGCAUGUCGUGCUCGAGAGCGAGGGCGGCACGCCGCUGCGCCUCGCUUGGCAGCCCGAACAGACCGGGGGCCUCGGCGUGCUUGCCGCGACGUACGCGGACGGGAGCGUGCGCAUUAUGCGCGUGCCCGACGAGGAAGCACCGACGGGCAUCGCUGCGGACGACGUCCGUGUCCUGCGCCUUGCCUCGGCGUGCUUCAGCCUCGACUGGCAAGGCGACCGCCUCGCUACCGGCUGUGUGAACGGCGACGUGGCCGUGUGGGACGUCGCGAGCGACCUCCCCCUCGUGCACGCGCCAGUGCACGACACGCUCGUGAGCGCUGUGCGGUGGCAAGCGCUUCCUCCCGUGACGACGGACGGGAUCCCCGACGCUGCGCAGCAGCCGACGACGCUCCUCACGCUCGGGUGGGACGGCACGGAGCUCAUCUCUGAUGUACACUCGAUGUACACGCCUGUGCGCCUCGCACACACCCGGGAACCACGGUAUGCUGCUGCCUGGGCGCCGUACGGCGGCCUGUUUGCCGUGGACCUCGGUGACAACCACUUUGGAAGCGUGUCGCUGCGCACGCACGAUGUGGGCCAGCAUCAUGCGCUCGGCUUCCACCACGGGCGCAUCACGGCGCUCGCCGCGUCGUCCUGCCAUCCGUACGUCGCGAGCGGCGCGACAGACGGCUCGGUCAAGUUUACCAACGUGCUCGGCGCGGGCAAGCGCAAGACAGAGGACGGGAGCCGCGCCAUGCACAAGAGUUUCCGCCUCUCGUUCAAAGACGCGCGCUACAUCCUCGAGGAUACCUUUUACCCCGAAGGCGUCUGGCCGCAGACCGCGACCAAGACUGCGCCCCCGUUCUGGCACGAGUGGGACGCGUCGGUGGCGAUUACCGCGCUGGCGUACAGCCCCAAUCCCGCGCGCGCGCUGCUGCUCGCGAGCGGCACGGCGCUCGGCAUGGCCCGCAUCGAGUGGAUCUAA